AUGCAGACCAUCGCCUCCCGCAGCGCGAUCAUCGGCCAGCGCGUCACCGCGCGCCCCUCCGGCAAGACCUCCAAGUCGGCUGUCCGCCAGCCGAUCAAGGUGAACGCCGUGCAGACCCUGCAGUCCGGCCAGGGCAUGAUGGUCGACCCCGACCAGUACGACGACGACGCCAACCGCGGCCGCGGCUCCGGAUUCGUCGCCAGGCCCGCGGGCCAGCGCGUCUCCUCCUCCUCCGCCUCCUACAGCGCCGCCGCGAGGCCCUCCCGCGUCGUCCGCGCUCCCGACGGCGUCACCUACGACCCGGAUCAGUACGACCCGGACGCCAACGUCCGCUCCUCCGGCGCCAUCUACUCGCCUCCCGCGGCGCAGCUCGUCAACGACCUUCAGGCCCCCGCGGGUGCCGGCCAGGUGACCCGCGCCGAGGUCCAGGCGUGCCAGGACUUCUGGGCCAAAUCCAUCGUGGACAUCUCGGCCUCGUUCCUCCAGGGCGGCGACUACGUCGGCCUCGCGGGCGCGCGCGCGGGUGAGCUCUACGGCUACGGCAACUGCAACGUGCUCUUCAAGCCCACCAAGGCUGCGCAGCACCCCUUCAGGCCCACCGCCAACGACGCCAUGUCCUACUUCGUGGGCCACGACGCCGUCGCGGGCGGCUACAACGAGGACCACGGCUUUGCCAUCAACGCGAAGAAGGGCUUCUCCAAGGUUGUCUUCAAGAACCACCAGAUCGACUGCCACUCCCAGGUGGCGCUCGCCAUGGGCACCUACGAGUUCACCUGCGCCACCACCGGCGCCGUCUCCGAGGUUGAGUACACCUUCGGCUACAAGCGCUGCCCCGACGGCAAGGUUCGCAUCUGCCUCCACCACUCCUCCAUCCCCUACGGCGGCGGCGCCGCGGCUCCCGCCACCGGCGCGGUGACCAAGGAGGACGUCAUGAAGGCUCAGGACUUCUGGGCGCAGUCCAUCUGCGACAUCUCCAGGACCUACCUCCAGGGCGGUGACUACGUCGGCCUCGCGGGCCAGCGCGCGGGCGAGCUCUACGGCUACGGCCACUCCAACGUGCUCUUCAAGCCCACCAAGGCUGCGGAGUACCAGUUCCGCCCCACUGCCAACGAGGCCAUGUCCUACUUCGUCGGCGGCAACGCGGUCCCGGGCGGCUACUCGGAGGACCACGGCUUCGCCAUCAACUCCGGCAAGGGCUUCUCCAGGGUUGUCUUCAAGAACCACCAGAUUGACUGCCACGGCGACGUCGCGCUCGCCAUGGGCACCUACGACUUCACCUGCGCCACCACCGGCGCCGUGUCCACCGUCGAGUACACCUUCGGCUACAAGCGCAACUCCGACGGCAAGUGCCGCAUCUGCCUCCACCACUCCUCCAUCCCCUACGGCGCCCACUAA